AUGCACGCCGCGGCUGAGAGGCCCCCGGGCGAUCCAGAAGGAGCAGCAAAUGCAGCAGCAGCAGCAGCAAGACAGACCCGCAGAGGGAAGCAGCAGCAUCUUGCAACUCGCAGCAGCAGCAGCAGCAGCAGCAGCAGCAGCAAACCCCAAAGCGCUGUUUGCCCCAGCAAUAUAUUCAAAGCGUUUGGUCAGCGCGACGCAGAAGGAAACAAACCACAAAACCGCGAGGCGACUGCAGCAGCAGCAGCUGCUGCUGCUGCUGCUGCUGCUGCAGCUGCAGCAAAUGCUGAUGCGCAGGCAGCAGCUGCAGCACCUGCGGCGUAUGCUGAUACGCAGGCAGCAGCAGCAGCAGAAGCAGCAGCAGCAGCAGCAGCAGCAGAAGUAGCUGCAGCAAGUACCAGUGUGGACACAGAGGCCGCAGCAACGGCAGUAGCAGCAGAUUCGAAUGAGCGAAUAACAGCAGCAGAAGCAGCAGCAGCAGCAGCAGCAGCAGCAAUAGUAGCGGAGCCUAGAAUCAGCCACUCCACAGCAGCAAACGAAUCAAUGGCAGCAGCAGCAGCAGCAGCAGCAGCAGCAGCAGCUAACAGUGUGGAACUAUCCCCAGCUGCAGCAAAUUCGAUCCGCGGUGCAGCACCAGAACCCUCUGCAGCAGCAACAGCAGCAGAAGCGACUCCCCGCGAGAAACUAGCAGCAGCAGCAGCAGAGGAGCUGGCGGCGACAGUCAGCAGCAGCAGCAGCAGCAGCAGCAGCAGCAGCAGCAGCAGCAGCAGCAGCAGCAGCAGCAGCAGCAGCGGGGUGAAGAAGAAGAAGUCGAAAGUGUUGUACUGCUUGUCUUCGACGAAAUAUAAAUUAAUUCGAAAAGUCUGCAGCAGCUUUCCCGGCUGGGAAGAAUGCCCCCAGGACAGCCAGGACUGGGAUGUUCUUUGGAGCGACUCUGCAGUGACACCGCAGCAGCUGCUGGCGAUGAAACCCUACCAAAAGAUAAACCACUUUCUUGGCACUCACGCCAUCACGAGAAAAAACUUUUUGGCCCGCACUUUGCAAAGCAUGCAAAUUUACUACCCGGAGGAAUACAACUUCUUCCCCCCCACUUUCAUUUUGCCAACAGGUUUUUAA